CGGGGACAUCGGACGCGCACCGUGAGACCGCGACCCGGGGUGAGCUUCCAAGGAGGAGCAGUGGAGGAGCCCAGGAGCCCGGGCUGGGGAACCAGCGCAGGCGCAGCAGGAAUCGCCCCCCGAGCAGGGCCCUGCAGGUCUGGGGGCAAAGUGUCUGGGCGGGACAGGGUGGCGCCGGGCCAGGCUCUCCGCCCGGCUCACCUCGCCCUGGACCUGGGAGGGGCGCGGCACCGCCCGCGGGCCUGUGGAUGCCUGGCCCGCCCCCUCCAUGGCCCCGGCCCGCGGCGAGCGGCUGUAUGAGAGCCGGUGCCGCCCCUCGCGGUCGGUGGACGCGUGGCGAGCCGAGGCGUCCGCUCCUGAGCUCUGCAUGGGGACGCCGGGGACCCGGCAACGCGCACGACGCGGAGGCUGGGAAUUGCCCCGGAGCUCCUCCACGCUGGCUGCAGCCGGGCUGCUCUGCACCGCCUUGACCGCCUGCAUCUGCUGGGGACAGCUGCCGCCGCUGCCCUGGACGUCUCCAGCCCCGCCGCGUCCGGUGGGCGUGCUGCUCUGGUGGGAACCUUUUGGGGGGCGCGGCGGCCACCCCAGGUCCCCCCCUGACUGCAGCCUGCUCUUCAACAUCAGCGGCUGUCGCUUGCUCACCGACCGCGCGGCCUACUGGGAGGCUCGGGCGGUGCUGUUCCACCACCGCGACCUGGUGAGGGGACCCCCCGACUGGCCCCCGCCCUGGGGCGCCCGAGUGCGCACGGACGAGGCUCUGCAGCAACCUGUGUUCGACGACCCGGAGGGAGCGGCGAUGCUAGCCGGCGAAGCCCUGGAGACCGUAGGCUCCAGACCCCCGGGGCAACUCUGGGUGUGGAUGAACUUCGAAUCGCCCACCCACUCGCCCGGGCUGCGGGGCUUGGCUAAAAACCUUUUCAACUGGACGCUGUCUUACCGGGCCGACUCGGAUGUCUUCGUGCCCUAUGGCUUCCUGUACCCCAGGAGCCAUCCAGCUGACCAGCCGCCAGGCCUGAGCCCCCCGCUGGCCCGCAAGCGGGGCCUGGUGGCCUGGGUCGUGAGCCACUGGGAUGAGCGCCAGGCGCGGGUCCGGUACUACCGCCAGCUGAUCCAGCAUGUGCCUGUGGACGUGUUUGGUCGGGCGGCCGCAGGGAAACCGGUGCCAGCCAGCGGGCUGCUACACACUGUGGCCCGCUACAAGUUUUACCUGGCCUUCGAGAACUCGCAGCACGUGGAUUACAUCACCGAGAAGCUGUGGCGCAAUGCCUUCCUGGCUGGGGCCGUGCCAGUGGUGCUAGGUCCUGACCGUGCGAACUAUGAGCGCUUCGUGCCUCGUGGCUCCUUCAUCCACGUGGACGACUUCCCCAGUGCUGCCUCGCUGGCUGCCUACCUGCUCUUUCUCGACCGAAACCUGGCUGUCUAUCGCCGCUACUUCCACUGGCGCCGGAGCUAUGCGGUACACAUUACCUCUUUCUGGGACGAGCCGUGGUGCCGGACAUGCCAAGCGGUGCAGACCUACGGCGACCAGCCCAAGAGCAUAGGAAACUUGGCAAGCUGGUUUGAGCGGUGAGGCCACUCUGCUGUGAAUUGAAUACAUCUCCUUGACCGAG